UGCUCAACCUCUCCAUUAUUCUCUCUAUUUGAAGAUGGAAUACACCGACCCAACUACAACUGGGUCAACCAUUCCCUCUUCUUCUUCAAGCCUUGCUCCUUCUCUUCCAACAGCUGUUCAACGUCCAUGUGCUGCCUGCAAGAUCCUUCGGCGUCGGUGCACCGACAGAUGUGUGUUAGCUCCAUAUUUUCCACCCACUGAACCCUUCAAUUUCAUCAUUGCUCAUAGGGUUUUUGGAGCUAGCAACAUCAUCAAGUCCGUGCAGGACCUCCCGGAGUCGAGAAGAGCAGAUGCAGUGAGCAGCAUGAUUUAUGAAGCAAAUGUUAGAAUGUGUGAUCCGGUCUAUGGGUGUGCUGGUGCAAUUAGUCAGCUCCAUAAACAACUGUGUGAUCUCCAAACAGAAUUGGCUGCCACACAAGCCGAGCUCGCUAUCGUGCAAUGCCAGCAACAGCAACUAAAUGAGAGUGUGAUCUUCCUCGAUGGCAGCAAUUCAGCCUCAGCUUGGGAAUCUCACUGGAAUUAGACUAUAUCUUAAGAGCAAGUGCGGGAUAUUCCAGUGGAUUGCAAAUGUCGACUUCAGCAUAAAGAGCAGGUCGCAGUACUAUUGUGCUUUUAUAGAAAGAAUUUUUAUUGUAUUUUUUUGUGUUUGUACUUCUUGUGUUCAUGAAAGAUGAUGGUGCUUAUUGAUUUUAGGAGAGGGUAGUAUAGGAUACUAUUUUCUAGGGAUAAUUAAUGACCAGGAUAAGAUUUUGUAUGUCACUAUGAAAAGAACCUAAUUUCCAAAAUUUCUCCCCAUCACAUCCAUUCAUCUCUCCUUUCAUACUGAGAAAUUGUAGAGAAGGCUUUGGUUAGCCUUAGAAUUAAGUGAAGCACUACUCUUCUCUUCAAAU